AUGCGACGACGGGGAAAUAAGUCAAACAAAGUACCCAAUGUCAAACUUCGACCUGCCCAACCGACGGACUCGGUCUCGCGACUGGCGCAGUUCGAAAAUCAUUGGGCGGAGGAUAGUCAAACCGGGAGCGACGAUGCGAGCAUUCUUGAUUUUUGUCCAAGGCCGUUCAAAAAUAUUGUGGUAUGUGCCACAGGUGUCGUAGACAAGCCGACUUUGUUCAAGCAAGCAUUGGAACUAGGCGCAACCUCAGUUACCGCGUUUACGGACCGAGUCACUCAUCUUGUCGCGAAGGACCACGGGGGAGCAAAAUAUAUGUGUGCUUUGGAGCGUAAAAUUCCCAUCCUUGCGCCCGCAUGGAUUAAUGAAAGCUAUCAAAUUUGGUUGAAAGGCGACGAUGUUGACGUGGCUGAAAGCGUCGAAAAACACCGACUUCCUAUCUUUUCAAACGUGAUAUUGUGUCCCUCUGGCAUUGGCGAUAUUACGCGCCGAACGCAGAUCAACAAGCUGCUUACACGACACGGGGGCGCAUACCUAAAAAACCUAGAGCGUCCGGUCAAAGUCACGCAUCUUCUCUGCUCCGGCGACGAGGAAACGGAAAAGAUGAUUUAUGCGGAGAAGUUUAACCAGCGAGGGGAAGCCAAGAUUCAUCUAGUGUGGGAAGAAUGGUUCUGGGACUCGCUUGAUUUUGGUGGAAGGUUUGAUGAGAGUCGGUAUCAGGUCAGAAGGCCGCGCCCUGAACGCAAAUCUCUGGCAGAAGCUGCGACCCCACCUCCAACAUCCUCAGCCCAACCCUCCGAACUGGACGAAGAAUUACCUCCAUUGCCCAAAGAACGCUCUCCACCCCAACCUCAAUCAUUCGAUGACUUUGAGGACGAGGCCGCCUCGGUUCAAAUUAUACCAGCAGUGACACUUCAGAUGUGGGGCGGGCUUUUGCAACGACGUGGGUACGAGAUUGCCGGAGGGGAGGUUAUUCGCAGUCCGUCAAAACCUACCUCGAAGCCCCGACAGCAGGAAGAGCAGCCUCCAUCACCAGUUCAACGUGGCGGUAGCGUCAUUUCUUCAUUUCGACGAGCCAAUUCAUUCGCUACAGGAGCAGCACCAGUCUCACAACAUCCUCAACCUUUCAGGCGGACUUCAACAGCUCUGGAGAAAGUGGGCGAGAGCUCCACGUCUGGCGCGGCUGCUUCGCCUGUUGUCCUAUUCUUUUCUGGACUCAAGUUUUGUGUCCUGGGCGAGGCUAAGAGUCCGCUUGUCCGAACCGCGAUUGAACAACACGGGGGCCAGUGGGUAUCUGAGGAAGAUGAAGAUGUAGACUUCUUCGUUGUGAGACUACUCAGUGGAAGCAAGAUUUAUCGGGAACAAGCAGACGAAAGCCAGCGAAGCAAAUACCGAACGGAGUGCUGGCUAGAGCGGUGUCUGCACGAAGAGCGAGUUUGUCCCGUCGAGGAUCAUGUCGCUAAUGUUCCACUCGCUAUCAGAAUUCCAGUUCCCGGGGCGGAAUCGGUUCGGAUGAGUUUAUCCGGGCUGGACGAGGCGGACGCACAUGGCAUCAAGAGGCUCAUGCGCGCCAUUGGCCUUGUGAUCCCGCCGGUUUUUUCCAAGAAAGCCACUCACCUGCUUUGCCCAUCAGGCACUGGUCUGAAGUUUGACAAGGCUCAAGAAUGGGGCAUACCUGUCGUUUCCAUAGGCUGGCUGUCGGCUAUGGCCACAUCUGGUGUUGUUCCCGAUGUGGAGCCUUACCUUGUGGGAGGAUUAGGUGAUGUGUCCCCUCCGCCUCCGCUGCCUAUGGAAGAGUCGAUGAAAACGCAUGCCAAUCUCCUCUCAAUCAAGGGCAAGGGUAAAGCCAAAGCUGCCGAUAUAGAUGACGACAUGGAAAUUGACAAACAGAUGCAUGACAUUACUAACAAUUCACCACCCAACGAUCCCUCCCCCCCGCCUCUGGACCGGCAGGAUACUACCAUAAUUCCGCAAGAAUCCUGGAGUGCUUUUGGGCUACCAAACGGGACUUUGGGAGCCUCUGCAUACCAAAUCUGUCCCUCAUCGAUAAGGACACCAUCCGGAUCUAACGCUUCGCCAGUGGUCCAAUAUGGGACACGACAAAACUCCAGUGUCCUUCCAUCUGCUGCAGGAAGUUUCAGCUACAGCAGCAAUCAAGAGUCAAACCCCGUGCCAGCGUUAUCAAAUAGACAAGUCGAAGCGGAGAGAAAGAAGGCGCGAAUACCUUCUUCGAAGUCCCCCUCUCCUAUGAAAGCACUCAAGGCCGGUAGAUUGAUGUCGCAUUCACCUGAGAAAAUCGAUUGUGGGGCAACCAAGGCGCUGCAGGAGAGCAUCACGAGCUUGUUGGGGAAGCGACAGCCUUCUGAUGACCGUGAUGAGGGUACUGCUCUCGCUGGGGCAGCAGGUCCAGCGGGAAAGAAUGGAAAACGGUUAAGACCGAACCGGUCAAAGGUUCUAUCAAGACAAGCCUCUGACGCACGGGCAGCCGCAGUACCCAAUCCUAGAGCAGGCUUCUCUGGACGAAACUCGCGGAGAAGUCCCUUUGAUGGGUUAGACAAAGACGAAUUCAGGAUAGAUGAACAGGUUGAGGAGAGCAUGCGGGUCAUGUAUGAGGACCCUGAUCAGCGGGAUGAGAAGAAGAGGUUGCUGAACUUGCUGAAAAGCCAGGCGGAUGACGAACUUCCUGUGCCGUCGGGGAGGACAAGGAGGAGCACACGGAUGGCUGGCUUCUGA